AGAGGCAAUAGGAAGAAUAAACUAGAAGCAAAGAUACGGGGCAGAAAUGAUGUGCUGUUGACACCACAAAUAAGAAUUCUCCAAUGAGGCCAGGAAGAUUUCAUUUUGUUUGAGACGAGAUCAAGUUGAAACCAAACCACACACCAAAGAGAGGGGUAUGAUGGCUAAGAAGCCCCCAAAACCAGCCCCUCGCAGGAUCUUCCAGGAAAGGUUAAAGAUUACUGCUCUACCUUUGUACUUUGAAGGUUUUUUAUUAGUCAAGCGGUCAGGAUACCAGGAGUAUGAGCAUUACUGGACAGAGUUGAGAGGAACUACACUUUUCUUUUAUUCCGACAAAAAAAGUACAAUAUAUGUUGACAAAUUAGACAUAAUAGACCUCACAUGUCUUACUGACCAAAAUUCAACUGAAAAGAAUUGUGCAAAAUUCACCCUUGUUUUGCCAAAAGAGGAAGUACAACUGAAGACAGAGAACACAGAAAGUGGGGAAGAAUGGAGAGGCUUCAUUCUUACAGUAACAGAGCUGUCAGUUCCCCAAAAUGUGUCACUCCUACCCGGGCAAGUAAUUAAACUGCAUGAGGUCCUAGAGAGAGAAAAGAAAAGGAGGAUUGAGACAGAGCAGAGUACAUCUCUGGAAAAGGAGAAGGAAUCAACUGAAGAUUAUGUGGAUGUACUGAACCCUAUGCCAGCAUGUUUUUAUGCAGUGUCCCGGAAAGAGGCAACUGAGAUGCUCCAGAAGAACCCUUCCUUGGGAAAUAUGAUCCUAAGGCCUGGCAGUGACAGUAGAAACUACUCCAUCACUAUCCGGCAGGAGAUAGACAUGCCAAGAAUCAAGCACUACAAAGUGAUGAGAAUAGGACAGAACUACACUAUUGAACUGGAAAAACCUGUAACACUUCCAAACCUUUUCAGUGUCAUUGAUUAUUUUGUGAAGGAGACUCGAGGAAAUUUACGGCCAUUUAUAUGUUCAACAGAUGAAAACACUGGUCAAGAACCCAAUAUGGAAGGGAGAAGUGAAAAGUUGAAGAAAAGUCCACACAUUGCAUGAAAUAGAAUGUGAAAGCUCCUUUGUGUAUCCUGGUAAUUUAUAUUUCAAAAGAAAACCAUACUCUUAAAAAGAAUUACCUAUAUUCUCUUGAUCCUGAUUUCCAAGUCACUCACUUGAACACCAGAAUUAGAAUUAAACAUUGUACCAUACAAUUUCAUUAUCUUAUCAGAAUGAAACCAAUUCACAGGGAAACCAGAAGACUAUGGCUGUGGUGGUAACCUGCAGAUAUACACAUUCCCAUGCACUGACAUAAGCUGAAAACACAUAGUACUUUCUAGAUGGAGGUUUUCUCUUUAUUUAGGCCUCAAUUAAAUAUAUUUCCUCUAUACAAUUCCCACAGCAGUUUCUCUAGUUCUAAAUUCUACUAAUUCCCAGAAAACCUAAGUUUUGUUGAAAUCUGAUUUGACUAAUUUAUCAAAUAUGCAUUUUAAUUACCUAGCUGGAAGUUAGAGACAUGAAAUGUACUAGGAGAAGCCCUUUCCAAUGGAAAUACUAUAUACCACAUUUUUUUGUUAAUGGAAAUAAAUGUAUCCAUUCCCAUGUU